AUCAUCAUCACCAAUCACAACUCCUCACGCCAAAGCCUUUCGAAAGCAACAUAAGACAAGCGCACCGUUCUUCUCCCCAUCCUACCAAAUCGCAUGAUUCUUAUUGCUUAAACAAUCUCCGAAGAGAGAAUGGCGACAAGGAGAGUCCAAAUUUCCUCCCGGCGAACCGUUUGAGGCCCUUCGACCUGCUCCCACCGUCGGUUGAAAUCCCUCUCUUCUUCGCCAGCGUUUUCUUCUCCAUCCUCAAAUCCAAUCUUUUCUGCGAAUAAUCCCGAUUUAUUCUUGGAAUCUUUUUUUUUUUUCUGAUCAUGUAGUUUCAAAUCGAUACCCCUCGAGUUUGCCCCCUUUUUUUCCUCAUAGUUUCUGGUUAUUUUUGCGUGUUCGGUUGUGAUAAUGCUCGCAAAAUCUAAUUUUUGUUCUUGUUAUUAGUUGCUGCUUCUUGGAGAAACUGUUUGCGCGGGGUUUCCCCUUCCAGAUCCAUCUUCGCUGCUUUUCCUCAGUGGAAAUUCUUGAAUUCGCCCCCUUCCAGCCUUAUUGUAUACGAAAAACCCUGAAAAGUUGGGGUUUUUGGAGGUUUUGCGUUGGAAAUUGCAAUUCUUCCGUUACAACUGGGAUUACACAUCGAUUCUUCCAAGAAUUGCUUCUUUCUAGUUCUCUAGGACCAUGAUCUAGUGUACCACCAUGGGCAAUGCAUUCGACUGUAUGCCCAAGAAGGGCCCCGCAGGCGGCAUCAGGUCAAGGAGCAAGCAGAGCUCCAAGUCGAGAUCACAGAGGAAGAUGGCGGCGUCUGAAGAGGAGCUCCUGCACCGCCAGGCCCUCGCAAUGGCGAUUCAGCAGCACCAGUUGUCACAACGGUUCGAAGGCUCCAUGUCCCGGAGGAUUGGGUCCACGAGCUCUCGGCGGCGAGACCUCCCUGAUUCGAUUACUAAUGGAAAGCUGCAUCCAGUUUCUCUUGAGAAUCUUGAGACAAAGAAAAUCAUUCUUGUCCAUGGAGAAGGAUUUGGAGCUUGGUGUUGGUAUAAGACUCUAUCUCUUUUGGAGGAAGUAGGAUUGCUUCCUAUUGCUUUGGAUCUCAAGGGCUCUGGGAUAGACCUGACAGAUCCAAACAGCGUAACAACCUUAGAGGAUUACUCGAAGCCUCUAACUGAUUAUCUUCACAGCCUUCCUGAUGAUGAAAAGGUGAUAUUGGUUGGUCAUAGCUUUGGAGGUGCUAGCGUAUCUUAUGCACUGGAAUGUUAUCCAAAAAAGAUAUCAAAGGCAGUAUUCCUCAGUGCAACAAUGGUAUUGGAUGGACACAAACCUUUUGAUGUGUUUUCUGAUAAACUGUCAUCUGCCGAGGUUUUCUUGAAAGAAUCCAAGUUUCUAGUUUACGGAAACGGAAGAGACAAACCUCCUACAGGACUCAUGUUUGACAAACAGCAAAUUAAGGGACUAUAUUUUAACCAAAGUCCUUCCAAGGAUAUCGCGUUGGCUGCAGUAUCCAUGAGACCUAUCCCAUUGGCACCCAUCAUGGAGAAGCUGUCCCUCACGCCCGAAAACUAUGGCACGGCGAAACGUUUCUUCAUCCAAACACUUGAUGACCACAUGCUCUCACCCGACGUCCAGGAGAAGCUGGUGAGGGAGAACCCUCCUCAUGGGAUCUACAAGAUCAAAGGGUGUGAUCACUGCCCCUUCUUCUCGCGGCCACAGUCGCUGAAUAAAAUUUUGCUUGAAAUUGCACAACUUCCUUAGCAAAUCUUACUAGUGUUCUCUCACACUAUCUCGUAACGAGGGGGUGUUCUGCCCUGUGGAGGUUGUACAGAAGUGAAGAGCGAAAAAGGUCAUUAGCAGCUCAGCAAUGAUGAUUCGUUUGUGUUUCUGAAUCCAAUUAGCAGCUCAGCAAGUUAGAUCCCAUGUUAUGCGACAUGAAACUAAAUCCAUAGGCCUACUUCAUAAGCUCUGGAUGCUUGGGAGCUUUUAAUGGUCACAGUGGUAGGAAUAAUCAAAUGCUUCUUGCACUCCAUGGCAAUUGUUGGCUCAAGCCUUUACAAGUCAUCACCUUUGACUCUCAUCAGAAAGGUUUUGUAAGUGUUUUAGAACUUUGUUCAACUGUUAUCUAAGGUUACAGUUCUGGAAAAACUAAAGGGUUUGAAUUAUAUUAAUGGAUUAUGCAGUUUUCAUA